AUGGACGAUACUACCAAGGCUGUGGACCUCGUGGUCCAAUAUUAUGACCAGGAAUUCAAACCCCUCAUCCUUCUAGCUUUGGAAUGCAAGCGUCAGAAUAAGAAAAAACGUGGUAUCAAAGAAAUGGAGGAACAGCUUCACGAUUAUAUUCAAAGUUUCUUUGAACCCGAUGGAUUGGCACAAGGACGACGAACCGUGUUUGGUGCCGUUGCCUAUGGAGCAAAGAUUCGGGCCUGGAAGGCUGAGUUCGAUGGGCGAUAUACUACUUUACAUCACGCGUGGGGUAACUCUGUAACCGCGGAUGAGGGUUCUUAUAAAGACCCUGGGGAGCCCCACGAUGCUGAAGAGAUUUUCACAUUUUUUCAAUUGGUGAAGAAGAUUGCAAUAACACCGGCGCAAGUGGCAGGAGGUCAGCCAAGCUACCAAACACCAACACAAAUGAGAGCCGGCCAGCCAAUCUACCAAACACCCACGCAAAUGAGAGUCGGCCAGCCAAGCUACCAAACACCCACGCAAAUGAGAGUCGGCCAGCCAAGCUACCAAACACCCACGCAAAUGACAGGAGGCCAACCAAGCUACCAAAUAUCUGCGCAAAUGACAGGAGGUGCUAGUAUGGGAGUCGGCGGAAGCUAUGGGGGUGCCAGCGGAGGUAUGGGGGGUGCUAGUGGGGGUGCCAGUGGAAGAUAUGAGGAUGACAGCAGAAACAUGGGAGAAGACAGUGGAAGCUAUGGAGACGUCAGUCCAGUGGUUGAAGGUGUUGGUGGAGGCAUUGGAAGCGACAUUCCGAGUGGAUCAUCAGACUCCACGUCCAUAAUCAUGGUGGAUGUGACAAAAAAAAAGCGUGGAAUGAAUCCGACCGAGUAUAGUUUUACUGAUGCAAAGGGGACGAAGGUAUCCACAACAGCAUCCCAGUGGAAGGCACGAAAUGGUCAAUUUACACACAAAAGAAACAAUCAGAUUUACAUGUCGAAGAAGCCGCUAGCCUGA